AUGGCGGUUGCGAUCUCAUUCGUAUUCCUAUUCGGCCUAAUAUCUUGCACCAUCGGGAAGCCGGUUGACAACAGCUUAUAUGGAAUCGAGGGUUUGCUGAAAGCAUUGACCCAACAGAGUGGUAAAUUCGACAUCGCAAUCAGUCACCACGAAGACGGCCCUAAAAGUCAUCAUGAGGACAAGGCUCGCAUCUCACCGCACGAUGCCUCAGAAUUAGAUGAAAGCGAAGAGUCCCAACCAACGCCUAAUGACGUGCAGAGUAUUUACAAUUUACACACAAAGGCAGACAAGGUGCCACAACCACAAGAGGGCGACAUAUUGAUUGAAAAACACCAGGAUGCACUGAUGUGCAGUACUGACAGCGACGAGGGAGACAGUCUGCGGUGCGCUGGAAAUGCAUGCGGCACCUCGAGAGACGAUGCACCUUGUAACCAAUGCAAUAGAAAUGGUGAGGAAUUGCUUCGCUGUAACGGAAAUAGAUGCAGUAUAAGGGAUGAUAACGACCAAGAUGGCCGCGACAACCUGCGGUGUGCCGGAAAUCGAUGUGGUAGAAACAGAGACGACACCAAUGUCAUGCGGUGUCGUGGAAAACCUUGUUCUGUCGCCAGACACAACGAGAACAAUGAAACGCAAUGGCAGCCCAAACGUGUAAAAUUAAGUGAUAAUGUCGAUGCUGUUAUUCUUGACGCGGAUGAUUUACAACGUUUGUUAUAUGGCGACAGCACCCGUACUAAUAAUUUGAGUCCAGAAUUAAUAUGGUCCCCCAGCAAUGAAACAAGUGUUAGAACAUUCAAUGGUAACUCUGACGAAGUUGCGAAAUUUCUAAACAAACUGGAUAAGGAACUGGGCUUAACUGUCGGUAAUGACUAUGAUAAUAAACUUGAAUACAAUAAUAAUGACAACAACAGAGAUAAUACGGAUACUUCUAAUAACAACGAUGAACGAAACAACGCCAAUUAUAACCAACAUCUUCGGUGUAUAGGAGAUAGAUGUAGUAGAAGAGCAAACGACGUAUAUUAUAAUGACGAUGAUGAAUACAAUAGAUAUGACGGUGCCGAUGGAAAUAAAAAUAUAUUGCGUUGUAGUGGAGCAAGCUGCAGCAGUGAUAGUGACGACUAUGAUGAUAAUGAGUUCACCGAUGAUGAUGACACUCGUAUGGAUUCGAAGGUUGCUCUUACAAUUUCGGAACUAGGAUUAAAUAAUUUACGUUGCAGGGGAAAUUUGUGUACUUACACUGAUGAUAGCAACGGCUUGCGCUGUAUUGGUAACAGAUGCGCGCGAGAUAGAGAUGUUGAUGAUGGCGAUAUUGUUGAUAGAAUAAAAUUGGAAGGUUUACGAUGCAAUGGCAACAGAUGCAAUAGGGACACAGAUGAUGAAAAUUACGACAUAAAAGCUGUUCGUUGUUCUGAAAACAGAUGCAGCCGGCCAGAAACGAUAACGAAGAUGACUCCAAUCAGUUAA